AUGCCAACCCAAGAUGCCCUUUUGAGUUGUCUCAAACAUAGGAUGCCAAGCCAAGCCGCCCUGUUUAACCCACAACGAGGAUGCCAAGCCAAGCUGCCCUGCUCUCAUCACUCUCUCCCUUCGCUCAUCACUCUCUCCCUGCUCUCAUCACUCUCUCCCUGCUCUCAUCACUCUCUCCCUGCUCUCAUCACUCUCUCCCUGCUCUCAUCACUCUCUCCCUGCUCUCAUCACUCUCUCCCUGCUAUCAUCACUCUGUCCCUGCUCUCAUCACUCUCUCCCUGCUCUCAUCACUCUGUCCCUGCUCUCAUCACUCUGUCCCUGCUCUCAUCACUCUGUCCCUGCUCUCAUCACUCUCUCCCUGCUCUCAUCACUCUCUCCCUGCUCUCAUCACUAACCUUCCUGAAUUCGUUUUGCACCAUCCUACCACUCUCCCACAAAACUGUCAUUCACCUCGUCACUAGCGCCACACUCAACUCCAGCUCCUCAAGCCCACCAGCAGCCCUCACUGCCCCACAGCAGUGCCCAUCCUCCCCCCCUUGCUCUUGUUAUCCCUACAUCCCUUUCUUCUCCUCCUCUUUCCUCCUCUUCUCCCUCUUCCCCCUCUCCUCCCUCUCCUCCCUCCUCCUCCCACCAGCAGCUGGACACUCUACUAGAGCUCAAGGCAACCAGCAGCCGUCAUCCUUCCACAGCAGUGCUCAUAUACCCUUCCUUGCUCUCCUUGCUCUAUCCUUUCCCCCUGUUUCUCUCCUCCUCCCUCUCUCCCACUCCCGCCUUCACCACCAGCUCGACACCCUACUAGAGCUUAAGGCAACCAGCAGCCCCCACCGCCCCACAGCACUCGACACCCUACUGCAGCUCAAGGCAGCCAGCGGUCCCCAUCGCCCCACAGCAGUCCUCAUCUUCCUCUCGUUCUCCGUUACCCUACCCUUUUUCCUCCCUCCCUCCCUUUCCCACCACCAGCUCGACACCCUACUGCAGCUCAAGGCAGCCAGCGGCCCCCACCGCCCCACAGCAGUCCUCAUAUUCCCCGAGGGCACGCGCUCCUUGACUGGAUCCCUGCAGCCCUUCAAGUCAGGCGUGGGGCUGCUGGCAGAGCAGCUGGACGUGCCCGUGGUGCCUGUGUGCGUCAAGGUGAGCACUAUUGUCCGAAUGAGUGAGACAUUACCCUUCAAGUCAGGCGUGGGGCUGCUGGCAGAGCAGCUGGACGUGCCCGUGGUGCCCGUGUGCGUCAAGGUGAGCACUAUUGUCCGAAUGAGUGAGACAUUACCCUUCAAGUCAGGCGUGGGGCUGCUGGCAGAGCAGCUGGACGUGGCCGUUGUUCCUGUGUGUGUCAAGUCAGGCGUGGGCCUGCUGGCAGAGCAGCUGGACGUGCCCGUGGUGCCUGUGUGUGUCAAGUCAGGCGUGGGCCUGCUGGCAGAGCAGCUGGACGUGCCCGUGGUUCCUGUGUGUGUCAAGGGCACCUUUGAAGCUCUACCGAAGGGUCGCACCAUUCCCCUGCGUAGGCGGGUGACUGUGGAGUUCGGGCGGCCUCUGGACGUUCAGGAGUAUCUUCAGGUGGCCCAGGUGGCGCCACCAGAUGCUGCUGUCGUCUCUCCCCCAGCAAGCACUCAGGUGGCUAUUUGUUCUUAG